AUCCUCGGCUGGUACAUCACCUCGCUCUGUCUGGCGAUAUACAACAAGUUCCUGCUCUCCAAGGACCACUACGGCUUUCACUUUCCGCUCUUCACGACCAUGAUCCACAUGAUGAUGCAGUCGGUGCUCUCGCUGCUGGUGGUGACAUGCAUCCUGCCGUCCAUGAAGCCGACCCGGCUCCCAUCUCUGCGGGACUACGUUUUGAGGGUGCUGCCCUGCAGCAUGGCAACGGGCCUGGAUAUCGGGCUGUCGAAUAGCAGUCUGCAGCACAUCACCCUGACGUUCUACACCAUGGUCAAGUCAGCCUCGCCCGUGUUUGUGCUGCUGUUCGCCUUUCUGUUCGGCCUCGAGAAGCCCACCUGGAAGCUGACGCUGAUCAUCCUGACCAUCUUUGUUGGCAUUCUCCUCACCGUCCUCCACGAGACCAAGUUCGACGCCCUCGGCUACUUUUUCGUCCAGCUGGCGACUGUUCUAUCGGGCCUGCGCUGGGCCCUGACGCAGGUCCUACUGGAAAAGGAAUCGAUCGGCAUGAGCAACCCGUUUGCGGCCUCGGUUGUGCUGGCGCCGCUCAUGGCGAUCUCGCUCAUGGCAGCCUCCAUGAUCGUCGAGGGCUUCGGGGCGGUGUUUGCCUCGCCCUUCUAUGCCCAGUUCGCGACGGCGCUGCAGACAAGCCUGAUCCUGAUCAUGGGCGGCGUCCUUGCCUUUGUGAUGGUCAUGUUCGAGUUCUACCUCAUCUCGCACACGUCCGUCGUGACCUUCUCGAUUGCAGGGGUUUUCAAGGAAAUCAUCACAAUCAUUGCCGGCAUGGUUGUCUUUCACGACCGGCUCAAUGCCGUCAAUGUCAUCGGCCUGGUCAUCAGUCUGCUUGGCAUCGGAAUGUACAACUACGUCAAGGUCAUGGCGCUGCUGCGUCCAUCCCAGGGGCACCGAGACCCCGAUUCUCUCCAACUACCGCCGGCCCGCUCUGGCAGCUGGCGGCAGUUCACCCACCACCUGACCAACCUGGCCUUUGGCAGCCGCAACUACAGCCGUCUGCAGGACGACGAUGACGACGAGCAAAGCUAUAGAAUGGCGCUACUCAGUCUCGAGCAUGAACUAGGCCCACACGACCGCGAUGACGACAAUGACGGUGGCGACGAUCGCCUUGACCUGGAUACGGAAGACUUUGACAUGGGACAAGUGGAUGAGCUACUCGACGACCGAGGCGGGAACCACAGCAGGACAUAG